AUGGGGCGAAAUUCGUGCAAUGCAAAGCAGAAAAUGAGGAAAGGUUUGUGGUCACCCGAAGAAGAUGAAAAACUACACAAUCACAUUACUAAGUACGGUGUAGGUUGCUGGAGCUCUGUGCCUAAGUUAGCAGGUUUGCAAAGAUGUGGGAAGAGUUGCAGAUUGAGAUGGAUAAAUUACUUAAGGCCUGAUCUCAAGAGAGGAAUGUUUUCACAAGAUGAGGAGGAUUUGAUCAUUGCUUUACACAAGACUCUCGGCAAUAGGUGGGCUCAAAUCGCGACACGACUGCCCGGAAGAACCGAUAACGAGAUCAAGAACAUGUGGAACUCGACGCUCAAGAAGAAACUAACAAACCAAGGCAUUGAUCCAAACACUCACAAGCCGAUAAUAACUCAAAUAAUGCCUCAACUGAAAAGCGAAAAAAUUCGUCAAAUGGUGGACUCACAUUCACUCAAUGAUCAUGACCAGACAGGGGAAUUUCAGUCCUCAAGAGAUGAACUAAUGAGAAAACAAGACUAUUAUCAUGGCCCUCUACUGUUCUCGUCCGGUUUUCAACAAAAUGCAUACGAACCGAGGCCUUGUGAUCAUAACCAGAGUUUCAGCUCGAUGUUGAACUUGACGAAUUUGGACUGCCAAAAAAUUGUCGAAGCUGAUGGUUGUUCAAGAAUGAUCAGUGCUGACAUGAUAAGUGAAGUAGCUAAAGGAAGCUCAAGAAAUGAUUGCUCAGAAGCAAAUAACCGGAGGAAUAACAACGAUGAUAUGGGGAAUGUGAGCACAUUUUGUUGGCAAGGUGAGGAUGAUAAGUUGGAAUCAGUUUUCCAGUUUCAGUAUGAUGAUGAGGGAGGAGAUUUUAGUAAUUUUCCAUUGGCAUCAUCAAUUUCUGGUGAAAACAUGGAGGAUGCCUUGAAGCAAAUAUAG